AUGGUACAAGCUGCCACAUUUGCUCGAAGGCUCUUCACAAAACUCGAGGACACCCCCGAAUAUUUUAGAUGCCUUGACCCUGGCUUGGACUGUCUCGCACAAGAAGGAGUCGACAUAAGAGAAGCUAUACUCAACUGCGAAGUGAUCAACAGCUCAGAGGAAACACCGACAGACCCUUAUACACGCUUGGCAGUCAUCAUCCGUGGCGCGUUGCUUCUAUACCAUUGUCGGAAUUUCACUUUCUAUUCGUGCUGGGAAAUGCGCAGGAUUCCUCAAAUUGAUCAAUGCGAGAUUGAUGAGCAGGUGGCCAUGAUUCUGUCGCAGGCACAAAUACUUUUGACGAAAACACAAAUCCCCGGCGUUUUGUUGUUGUUCCCAUUGCGGAUGGCCGGAACACACGUUAUAUCCAGUACCCUGCAGGGGAAAAUACUAGAUAUCCUUUAUCAAAUCCGUCGCAAAGGAUUUGUUAUCUCAGAUAGAAUCCAGGGCGAUUUGCAAGAGUUUUGGCAUCAUGAAUGGUCCACAGUGCAGUCAGGUUUAAGGGAAACUUGA